AUGAUCGACACCACCGAGGAGGCCGCAUCGCCAGUCUCUCCCAUCUCACCAGUUUUCGAGAAGCACAAGACCGGCCCGGCCGGCUCCCAGAUCAAGCGCAAUGCCAGCACUAAGCAGCUCAAGCUGAUGAACGGCCCCCUUUACCAGCAGGGCCACAACAAUGUCAAUGUCGUUCUCGUUCGGAGGGUGAGAAGGAAAGAUGAUAGCGCUUGGAAGAUGCUGAGCAGGUGGAUGGUCGAGAAUCAAGUCGGCCUCUCCUUCAAUCUUCUUGCCCUUAUCUUUCUUGCGCACUUCUUCAUUCCCAAGGCGCAACCUCACACGAUCAAGUUCUUCACCCUGUCCUACAAGAACCCCGAGACCGGUCUGUAUGGCGCCGGCGCCGGCGACAUGUGCUUGCUCGCUUUCUGUAUCGUCCUCUUCACCGGUCUGCGCGCCGCGACCAUGGAAUACGUGCUGGCUCCUCUUGCCAAGGGUUGGGGUGUCACUAAGCGUAAGGACCUGACGCGCUUUAGCGAGCAGGCCUGGUUGUUGAUCUACUACCUUGUUUUCUGGCCUCUCGGCAUGUACAUUUACAAAACAUCGCCUUACUGGCUGAACCUCAGAGAGCUGUGGACCAACUGGCCCCAGCGCGAGCUGCCCGCUAUCAACAAGGCUUAUAUCCUGGCCCAGUGGGCUUUCUGGUUGCAGCAGAUAAUCGUCAUCAACAUCGAGGAACGCCGCAAGGACCACUGGCAGAUGUUCACUCACCACAUCAUUACCUGCUCCCUGAUCUCCGCUUGCUACAGCUACCACCAUACUCGUGUCGGUAACUUGAUCCUGGUUCUUAUGGAUGUUGUCGACCUUUUCUUCCCUCUCGCCAAGUGCCUCAAGUACGUCGGGCUCAACAAACUUUGCGAUUUCAUGUUUGGCGCAUUUGUUGUGUCUUGGCUGGUGGCCCGCCACAUCUUCUACGUCAUGGUUUGCUGGUCCAUCUACGCCCAUAUUCCCGAGAUCAUCCCCCCUGUCUGCUACAGUGGUAAAGAGCCCAACGUGGUCGGUCCCUUUGCUGUUCCCGAGGGCAGCAGGUGGUGGAUGCUUGAGCCUUUCAUCAAGUCUGACGGUAUCGUCUGUUUUGAGGACACCGUUCGUUGGUCCUUCCUCAUCCCGCUUCUCGCUCUGCAGGUCAUCACUAUUGGCUGGUUCUUCAUGAUCAUUCGUGUCGUGAUGAAGGUCCUCCGCGGCGGAAAUGCCGAAGACACUCGAAGCGAUGAUGAAGGCGAGGCAGAGGAGGAGGCCGAUUACGUUUAUGAGGAGGCUCAGCCCCUUGAACAAGAGGUUGGUGUCGAGGAUAUCGACCUCAAGAGCUGGGAGCGCAGAUCAGGCAUCAAGAGGCAAUCGAGCGCCUCAGGUGUCAGCCUACCUGGCCACAGCGACCGCAAGGAACUGCUUGGCAGAAUCGGCUGCGAGAAACAAGUCGACUAA